ACUAAACACAAGCCGAGUGCUGGGGCACAUCAUCGCACAAUAAGGGGGAUGUACAAAGGGAUGGCAAUUACGACAUUAUACUCUAAGGCAGGGCACCAGAAGGGGGUGAUGAUCUGGAUAUCAAAAAAAUUAAAAACACAUAAGCGAGUCAGAGACCUUCAAGAUGACAAACACACAUGACAAUGUUGCCUUGCCCUAUAUGGGAGUAAAGCUCAUGCUGAACUUCCGUAGGAUGAAUAUAAUAAUCCUAGGAUUGUACCUACCACCAGGAACAAACAAACCCAUGGACAGCACAACUAUCUGUAUGGCCAUGCACAAGUGGAUGCACCAGUUCCUGGUGGAGUUUGAGGCUACCAACACAGUAGUACUGGUCAUAGGCAGCCUGAUCAGACUUGUGGAGGACCCCCGCCUGAUGGCAGUGAGGCUCUCAGAGCAGCCCAAGGACUAUAACUGAUUUAAAGAAACAUGAUGGAAAGCAAAUGGCAGAUAAAAUGACCAGAAGAAUACAAAACCAACAGGCAAUGGAAACAUCUCCAGCCACAAACUCGACUACAACUUUACCAGCAGCUGGAUCAUAGAGAAUGUUUUCCAAUGCAGCAAGGGUAGGCAGAUCUUACUGAUCAACAAGGACUAUGUCCAGCUGUGAGCUGAAAUUUCUGGGUACACUGUGCCCAUGGGAGUGGUGCUGUAAUGUCAAUAAACUAGGUAUUAAAAUGCAAGCCUAAAAAUAUGCUAUAAG